AUGAAAGUCAAACGUCGUAUAGGUAUGGGAGGACAUGCAUUACGGCGUGGAAGAAAAGCUAUCCCUAGAAAAUCAAGUAGAUCACAGGAAAAGGUACAUUUUGGAUCGGGGAUAGUGAAUAAAGUAUGCAAACACAUGAAAAGGUUCUCAAACUGUAAACCAGACAAGAUAGUAUUAGCAAAGGCGACUUCCGCUGCAUUACUUGCUGCCCGGAAGCAUAUCAGAUCCAUCGGUGGAAAACGGCUGAUUCAGCUUCCACGAGUUAUACCUAUUUCCAAGGUUGGAGGCAUCCUUCCUUUGAUAAGAAUUUUUGUCGGUCUUUCAGCAUUAGGUAGUCUAGCUGGGGGUAUUGCCAACAUAACAAGAGCUGCUAAAACAACUAGUUCAGUGCGAGCAGGGUCCGCUGAAGAAUGA